AGGCAAUAUUGUGUUUACCGUACCGUGUUUAUACUCUGAAACAAAAAUCAUAGUAUCUCGCACAAUUUUGCAGAAAACGCAUGCUUGUUCCUGUAUCAAAAUAUUUUCAAAAGUGCGGCAUUGUACUUCUACUGUAUGCGGAUUAACAUUAAUGGUGAAGCAAUAAUGUUAGAAGAUCCUGAAAGCUCGGAUGAGGAAACUCCGGUUCCAGACUCAGAUUCCUGCAAAACUGACGAAUUACAACGACUUUUCAAACUAAACAUUGAGAACAGUAACGAGAUUGCAGCUUCACCAAACCGUGCAUGCGGACUUUACCUGUCGCUGUCGCACGAUAGUCGAACUCUGGCAGUUGGCUUAUCUCAGAGAGAAGUUCAAAUUUAUCAGAUAUCGACUAACAAAGAAUUAACACUAAACGAUACACACGUCAACGAAAGUGCAGUUCGAGGUGCUAGAUUUUUCAAUGAGGAUUCCAAUUUGUGCAUGACCUGCAGGAUAGAUGGCACGAUCACGUUGUAUGACUUGCGGAUUAAAAAGCCGAUUGCCUUUUUGGAAGAUUGUUCUGAAGGUACCAAAAAAACGGUAACCUCUUUCGAUAUCAACCAAAACGAUCGCGUGAUAUGUGCUUCUACGGAAGUUCAAAAAUCUGGCGACAGCUUCGUACUAUUUUAUGAUGUACGACAGCGCGAAUUUCUGGGCAGUUAUUGGGAAUGCCACAGCGAAGACAUAACAAACGUCCGUUUUCAUCCGAAAAAUCCAGAUUUAUUAGCUAGCGGUAGUGUAGACGGUCUUAUUAAUGUGUUCGACAUUUCGCAAUCCUGUGAAGAUGAUGCGAUGCAGUAUUGUUUUAAUGUGGAAAACUCUAUCGAAACACUGAACUGGCAUUUUAGUCCUGCAAAGAAAGACUGGAUAUCCUGCAUAACUACGACGAACGACUUUCAUUUAUUCGAUGUUGAGGACCAAGCUCAAGAAGUAGAAUUCAGUCGGGAGAAACUUACGUCUGAAAUUCGGCGAACUUCAUCGAUUGACUGCAACGUAAUUGCUGCCCACAAUAACCAGUCGGAAUUUUUUCUACUGGCUGGUUCGAAUUAUAACAAAGGUGAAUGUCUUCGAACUCUUAGGUAUGACAAUAAAGGCUUUGUUCCACACUGGAACCUGCAACACAAUGCGCAAAUUGUUAGAGCUAGUGUCUAUAAUGAAAAGGAAAAUUGUCUGAUAACUACCGGCGAGGGCGGUCUCAUUACAGUCUGGUCUUGUGACGGAGAUGCACAAGAAGAAACGGAACCAAGUAAACCAACAAAGCGAAGGUUGCACAUUAGCGGGCAUCGAGCAAAGCCAUAUUGAGCUGUUAAGUUAUCCGACUUGAAAUAACGUAGUUCUUGUUGGUGGCAAAACUUCGAAAUUAGUGUUAGUGUGAAUCUAACGAUGCAUGAGUCAUUUUAAAUAUGCAGAGCGUGAGUUACGUA